GACCAGACGUCGUUGGUCCUCGCGGCGCCCUUGGAGCAGCGGUCUGCCCCCUGCGCCAUCAGCAUCCCAGCCGUGCAGAAGAAGCUCUCGGAGCCCGACGUGGAGGCUAUCUCGAGCUCGUUCGCCGCAGAGUUCUUGAAAGCCCCCAUUCGUGGUUCGCAUGGGCGCGGCGGACUGCAGUGCAGCUUGACCAACGAAGCCGCCGUCCGGGUGAAAGGGUUUCUCGAGAGUGCCGUGCCGGGCUUCACUUCCAAGAUCAACGGGUUUGAUCAGUAUUGCGGGUUGAACACGUUCGGUUUCGCUCAUUCCUGCAUCAAGGUGAGCACGGAGAAUUGUAAUAUGGGCAGCCUCAGGUAUCAUAUGUCGGGGUCGAAAUCAGUGGUGAUGGCUUCUUGGGACGACGUGCGCACAUUCUUGGGGAGUUCCGGCAUCGACCCCGCUUUGUUGACCCCGGCAAAGACAGCAGCCGCCUUCAAAGUUCUGGACGACGCCAAGGUCAGGGACUUCGGCCUGAAGCACAAGCUCUACUGUGGCACGGUGGGGCCCCACGCGUUGCUGUAUACGCCAGCCAAUUACAUCACGGUGGAGAGGGCGACGGGCAGCGUUGACGUCAUUGGCUUCAUGACGCGCGGUUUGGCCAAGGCCGACUCGUCGGCGCUCCCCAGUUUCGACAAGCUGCGCUCGACCUUCGACGCGGCCAAGGACGCGAAGCAG